AACUAUUUUUCUUGCAGUUGAUAAACACAAGUGAAGAGUAAAGGAUGAUAAAGUGAGAUUAAAAAAAUCUGCACAUACUAACGAAAAUUUGCUAAAAACUUCAAAAACCCUAAAUACAAAAAAUAAACAAAUCAGAAAAGUUAUCAUGAUUUUAAAACAUUAUUUAUUGCUAAUAUCAAUGCUACUGGGGAGUAUUAUAACUACUGCAGUAGUAGCAUACCCCCAAUAUGAAGAUGAGGGAAGCCAUGUUCAGGCAGAGAAUAUACAAACUAAUGGAAAUGACGAAAUCUACGAACCUGCCCUGUUGCAACAACAUAUUGAUGAGAUCGAAAGAAAAACUGAAGCAUUAAAUCACAUGGACGUCGAUAUGGAAUCGAAAACAGAAGUUACUUUAAAGAAUGUACGCAAUAUAUCAGAUAACCAACUCUCCAACGAAUAUAUUUCUAUAGAAAAUGAAGUUCAGCAUGAUGUUAACAUGCCAGAAGAAGUUGAAAUGGAAGAUAAUACUUCAAUAGAGAGUACAGAACAAAAUUCUAAAACAUUAUCCAAAGAAGAGGAAUAUGAAACUGAAAAUCCAACAAGUAAAAAGAUCAGAAUGGGCAGACUUUUUACUACAACUACUGUACCCGAAUAUAUACGCAAACUUGGUAAUGAAAACCCAACUUUAACCGCCAGAGAUACUAAUGUAUCCAAUUCUGAUUAUGUGGAAGAUGAUGAUGACAUUGUUGAUCAUACGCAAAGAAAACCUACAACAAAAAUACCCAUAAACCAUAAUCUAGAUAAUUCGAGCGAGGAAAAUGACGAGAUAGUGCCAUUGGCUAUGAAAUAUUAUGAUGAAAUACCACCCGAAAAUGCUUCCUCAUCCCGUCAUGUCGAGCAUGUCAGUUCAGAAGACUAUUACGAAGAGGAAGUUCAUGAAACAGAAUCGACAACAGCAGAUAAUAUUUUAUUACGUACUUUAUUUGCUGGCCCCACUACACCCAAUGACAUGAUCAGCAUUACAGCGCCUACACCAAAUCCUCAAACAAUUGGUAUAGAUGACAAUAAUCCCACUGGACAAUUUGACUUGUCAUUAUUUACAACUUCAGCACCGCUUCCACCGCCACCACAAUCCCAAACCCAAACAGUGUUGGACAUAACCUCAAAUGCAGUGGCAGUUGGUCCCGUUUUAAAUGACAAGAAAGCCAAACAAAUACCUAUUAUCAACACAGUUCCAGUUGUAACAACGAUUGCAACUACAAGUAGCAGACGUCGCCUUUUGCCAUAUGAACAGUUACGUAACUACGUUGAAGAUGCUUACAUUCGCAUGCCGCUUGCGGUCAUCGUUGAUACAUCUGUAGAAGCAUUGGCGAAAACGAAAGCACUAUGGAAUGAUGCCAUGCGUUCAGAUUUCAACGUUAAAAUUGUAAUGGUAACAUUAAAUAAAUCCGAGGAAUUACCAGCUGCAUUUUAUUUCAAUAAUACUCGACAAUUUUUAACCGGUUUAAAUAGCAUAAAAGCGCAAUAUAACGGUGAUGCCUUUAGGGGAAUAUCAUAUGCAGCGUCAUUGGUACCCUAUGACAGUGCGAUAUUUAUAUCAACGGCUCAUAUGGCCAGUAACAAUCAUCAAGUGCAAAAUUCGGCCAUAACAUUGCUUAAAAAAAGAAUAAGGCUUUAUCUUAUUUGGUUUGGAAAUACUACAAAGUGUGAUUGUGAAAAUGAAACACAAAACUCAAUUGGUGGUAUUUUAGGAGAGGUAGCCACACGAUCAGGUGGAGAAAUUUUACAUAUAGUGGGUGAGGAGAAUUCCCAAGAGUUGGCCGGUAGAACGCAUACAAUAGUAGCCGACGCUUUAAGGGGUUCUCAGGAAGUCGACGUACCGGUGGAUACCACAUUAUCUAGUUUACAUGUAAAAAUCGAUAAACUGAUGCGAAGAGCAGUAUUGGAAACGCCCAAUGGCGAAAUUAAUUUGAAGAAAUUAGUUAAAUUUAAAACACACUCAUUAAGCACAUUCGAUGACGACGAUAAGCGCUUAGAUGCUUAUGUGCCUUUAACAAAAUUGCGCAAAGCCACUGUUUACAAAUUAAAAAUGAUACCAGAAGAUUUAACUACAGAAUACAGUGUUUUCAUAAGAGGCGAACGUAAAGCUGACACAUUUCUAGAUGAUAUGAUUAAACACUUUGAAAAGUAUUACUUCGAAGGUCACACCUCAUAUCCGGCUCAUGUACACAUUGGUGAAUUGCAACAAAGUCUGGCACCAGAAGUCCUUACACAUGCUAACUUAAAAUUUCCAACGAAUGAAAAAUCUUUACCCAAAAGUGAAGUAGAAACGUUUUCGACACAUGAAAUUCAUCGGAAUGCAAUUAAUAGUCAAGAGAAUAACAUUUCAUCUCUGGCAGCAACAACUGCUGAGCCUCAACAAAGAAACACUAAUAUUUUACAAAGAACAAACACAAAAAUUGAAAUGGGCAUACAAUCCCAAAUACUUAUUGCACCUGGUAUGCUGGGUCAGUUAUAUUUUGAAGUCACAAAUACAGGCUAUGAAGCGGCGUACUACAAUAUACAAGUAGUAGAUGAAAGACGCUAUUUAAUGAGAUUAACGCCACAAAGCUUUUUUUUACGUCCUGGUCAAAUGACUACAGUUACAGUAACAGUUUUAGUGCCACAAAAUGCGGAAGGAAAUACCAUAGAUCAUAUAACAUUUUCAACUACAUCAGCUGGUACUACAACUUCCCUAACGCUUAAUCUUAAAGUUAUAACAACCAUUGAUGCACAGGACAACACGUUACCCUCUAUUUCUUGGAAUUUUGGCAAUCGUUGUGAAGGUAUUUCCAGUGACUUUGAUUCAUGUUCGGAACGCUUUUGGAGUAUGUACAUUACCGCCCAGGAUUGGCAAACCGGCAUUAUGCGUUUACAAGCUACACCUUCAUCUGGUUUAAUAUACACAAAAUCCUAUACUAUAGGCACUACUGAACCUUUGAAAGCUACUUAUGUUGCUUCUUGUUGUGAGCCAAAAGUUUCGUUAGUAGCCUUUGAUGUAGCUGGCAAUCAACGUUCCCAUACUGUGGAUGUAAGAGAUUUGGUGUUGACUGAAGCAUCAAUAGCUGCUAUUGCAUUAGGAGCUAUAUUACUAAUAUUACUUAUUAUAUUGUUAAUAGCUUCUAUAGUAUGGUGUUGUCGCCGUCGUAAGAUAGUUUUGGAUCUUCCAACGUAUAGAUCACAUUCUACUAGAAGUAUGGAAUAAAAACAUGCUUCAGAUUUUGUUUAUUAUUUAUUAAGUGCCAAUAAGAAGAGGUGUUAAUGAACAUUUUAAUUUGAAGUAGAAAUAAGUUUUUCUUUUUAAACCGAAAUAAAUAAUAGUGUUAAUUUAUUUAUAACUUGGAAAAAUUAUUGCAACUGCCAUAUGUAUAUUAGUAGUAAUAACAAAAAAAUCAAAUUGCAACAUUUUUAUAAUAUGUUUAUUUUAGAUUUAUUACGCACAUUCUAUAUACAAAAUUCCUAUAAUAAACCAUCAAUAAGCAUUUAUCAAACAUUUAUGAAUAUGGUGGUAAAAAUUUUACUGUUUUAAUGUUGUUUAGGGAUUUAUCCUAAAUAUAGAAAAAUCUAAAUCAGAAACUAAAUAAUUCACUUCAAAAUAAAGAAUAUACCUAUUUCUU